GAGAACUGAAAGCAACUGUGGGAGGGAGAGGAGAGGGAGAGCGGGCAAGGCGGGACAGGCAGCGAGUGGAGACACAGCCCAUCCAUCCCUUCCCUCUCUCCUCCCUCUUGCUUGCCAUCCACACCACACCAAAGCCAAGAACCCAACUCAUCGAAGGCAGAGACCACAGGCAGCAGGGAAAAGGCGACGAGGGGGGGAGGAGAAAUCAUGGAGCCGAUUUGCUGUGGAGAUUCGGCCGCGUGAUCCGGUCGGUCGGAUCUUGCUUUCCUGGGGGGCGACGGUGCCAUGGUGGUCGCCUCCUAUAUCCUCCUCCUCCCCCUCCGCGCUGCUUCCCCCGAGAUGCCGCAUUAGCCACCAACGCCUCCCAGCGAAGAGACUUCAUUCUUUCAUCGGUGUCUAGUUCCUGCCGUGCGUUCCGCGGCCAUGACGGUGGCCGAUGCCGAGUUGCGGUUCCACGUCCUCGCGGUGGACGACAGCCUCAUCGACAGGAAGCUCAUCGAGAUGCUGCUCAAGAACUCGUCCUACCAAGUGACCACCGUCGAUUCCGGGAGCAAGGCCUUGGAGCUGCUGGGAUUGAGGGACGAGGCUGCCGAGUCAUCAUCGCCUUCCUCCUCCCCUGACCACCAGGAGAUUGCUGUGAACCUGAUCAUCACUGACUACUGCAUGCCGGGCAUGACAGGGUAUGAUCUGCUGAGGAGGGUGAAGGGGUCCUCCUCGUUGAAGGACAUUCCUGUGGUGAUCAUGUCGUCUGAGAACGUGCCUGCCCGGAUCAACAGGUGCUUGGAAGAUGGCGCAGAGGAGUUCUUCCUGAAACCCGUCAAGCUCGCCGACAUGAAGAAGCUCAAGUCUCAUCUCCUGAAGAAGAAGCAGCCCAAGAAGUGUCAGCCGCAGAUACAGCCAGAGCCCGAGGACGAGGAGCGGCUGGAGGCACCGCCACAGCCGGCGCACAAGCCGGAGGCGCCCGUGGCACAAGUGACCGCUGACGCAACAACGGCAGCCAUCAGCGACUGCAGCGGCAGCAACAAGAGGAAGGCGGCGGCCAUGGAGCAGCAGGAGGGGCUGACGUCGCCGGAGAGCACCAAGCCAAGGAUGUCCAAUAGCAGCCUGGCAGUGGAGACCUGAAAAGGCAACCAGAAACCCCUACCCUACUAAGAAAUUUCUUCUUUUGCUGUUUUUUUUUUGUGGUGGCUAAUCAUGGGAUGGAUGAGUCAUUAGCUCCUUGGGGGGAGGGUGGUUUUUGCUCGAAGUGAAAAACAAUUACGGCAUACUUAUAUAGUAGCUGCUUCGGCCUGCAAAUUUUGUUGUGCUCAGGAACACCCUUUGUGUGUUCGUUAGAAAGACGAAGGGGAUGGGGAAAAAAGGAAGUUGUAGAUAAAGGCAGCGCCUUUGGGGUGCUCUUGUUUAGGCUAAUUUUAAUUUGAUGAUGGCUUAUUAUGCCACUGACUGGCUCAAAGGCUGUGUGGCCUGUGAUGUGUUUUGCACAGGUCGAUGGAUCGAGCAAUCGGUUAAUGUGGCUCAUGUCUUCCUUUUACUGAUAAAAA